AUGGCGGCGAGAUUGCGUAAAGCGUUUCGCUAUCCGGAAGAUUCAGAUGAAAGUGAGCGAGAAGGGCUCGAUGAGGUCGAGCAGGAACAGGUGAUUGAGCAGCUCAAGCGUCAGAAUGAUACACGCAACGAACAGUAUAAUAUGAUUUUCACUGGAAUUCCACUGGUCUCGGUGCUUGCUUUUUUCCCAUCACUCUGGAGUGCGGCCAGUUUCUCGGAACGCUUUUGCUCUCUCAUUAGCGUUGUUUCGCUGCUGGCAACUGGCUAUACCAUGCGAAAUGUUCCUCUUCGUCCAGAUAUCAAGGGCAAAAAACCCCUCUCAAUUGAGAAUGAGCGCCUAGAUUUGAUUCGCACCGCUUUGAUUCCAGCGAACGGCACGAUCUGUGGAUUAUUGGCGCUUUACUUCUUGGUGGGUACUGAUUCAUCUGUGUCAUCGCCAACGAUCUAUCUUAUACCUGGUGUGCUUACCAUGAUGACUACAGCUAUGCUUGGGGCAAUUAUGCUCGCUCGACAAGUUAUGCUUUCAGUGGAUCUUACAGCGCUACAAGACCUACAGUACGAGUACAAAGGUGCAUAG